AUGUCUCUGCCGAGUUCCGACCCCCUGGACUUCUUAACGCUGCCCUCGCACGCGGAAUGUCGCUUCAGCCCUCCGCCUCCGCGUUCCCGCAUUGUCCUCCCGCCGCUGCUCAUGUCUCACCCCGAUCCCCAACUGCCCCCAAGGCAGCCGAGUCGCGGCCCCGGGGCGUAUCCUCGGCGUAGGGCCGUGCGAGCCUGUCAGGUCUGUCGGUCUCGUCGGACCAAGUGCGACAACAAGAAGCCCGCGUGUUCGUUUUGCGAGAAAAUCGGCGCCAAGUGCGUUGUCAAUGAUCCUUCGGAUCUGUCCGUAUUCGAUCCGGCUAGCGUAGUUAUCAUCCAACGGCUGGAUCAGAUUGAGUUGCUUCUCCAACAGCAGCAGCAGCAGCAGCAAAAUCAAAUCAAGGCCGCAGGAUCCGCCAUUAGCCGCAUCGAUGAUCUGGCAAACAUCACCCUCAACUCGGCAGUCACAGCCAGCGAUUCGUCCACCCUCCAUGGCAGCCCACGUUACCAGGUCGCCGACUCCGAGGUUAGUCGGCUUACCAUCGAGACAAUCCUCUCCUGGAGCGUCUUCGAGGGGAGAUACGACUCGAGCACGAGCUUGGGAGGUCUAGUCUCAUCGCCGACGACCUUGUCUCCGGAGCCAUUCCUCACCAAUACAGAUCCCCGCCACGAACGACUCGACCUCGACCUGCGAACCUGCACCCGACUCCUACAUACGUUCCUCGAGGAGGUGCACAUAGCAAAUCCAAUCCUCGAUGUCCCCUUAGUUACCGAUUACCUGUAUCAAGCGUGCGUCCACGGGAUAGGCUGGGACGCGCCCUCAUGCCUUGUGCUCCUCAUCUGCGCCCUCGGCGCGAUAUCCGAAAACUUCAACGAGCACCACGAAUCCAGCUCAAUGACUGCCCGCCGCUCACCGUCCUUCCACCUCGGCCAACGGUACUUUGAGGCCGCGCAAAUGCGGCUUGGCGCUGUCUUGCGCACGCACGGGAUCAUCGAGACGCAGUGCUUCUUCUACUCGGGGGUAUACCUGAUGGCUAUAUUCCAGCCUGUUCGCGCCUGGCGAUGCUUCGUGCAGACUGCCGCCAUGGCAGAGACAAUGGUCUUUGUAAGCAGGGGAGUAGAGCGGGGUCGGAGCGCCGAGUCGCAGAGCUCAAGUGAUCUGCGGUGUCUCGAGACGACGCACUGGGCGUGUUUGAAGUCUGAACUUGAACUCCGCCUCGAACUCGGCCUAAACCAACCGGACCCGCUCGGCUUCACAUACCCAACCUUCUUCCCCUCCCUGCCCCUGGAACAGCUGAACCGCGACGAGUCGCGCGUAUGGUACUUCUACCUCGCCGAGACCGCCGUCCGCCGCCUCACGAUGCGCGUCAUCCGGCUGUUCUUCCGGAACCAGGUACAUGGUCGAUUUCCCGACGCGCAUCUGAUGCGCGAAGCCUCGUUGGAUUUCGAGAGGCAGGCCGAGGAAUGGACCACAUCCCUCCCACCAAUCCUCACCCUCUCGACCCCCGAAAUGGCCGACGACGUGCUCAAGUUCGUGCUCCGCGGUCACCUCCUCGACUGCUACGAAUGGAUCUACUUCCCGUACAUGCUCGAAGCCAUUGCGCACGGGACACGGGACCCGAGUACCGACGAAUUCGUCAUCCGCGGACUCGCCAUGGCCGUGGACCGCAUCCAUAAGAACCGCAAGGGGUUCAAGCAUCGGCAUCAUGGGGUUUGGUUGAUGUUGAGGUCGUGCACGCGGAGUGCGUUGUUGCUUGUUGCGGCGGGGAGGUGUGNGGGGUUUGGGGGGGUUACGUUUUUGCCGAGCGGGUGGAAGGCGGCUGUCAGGGGGGCGUUGGAGAUGUUGGAGUAUUGGAGGGAGGAGGCGCGGGAUGCGAGGGGGUGGUGGGUUGUGCUCAGAGAGCUUGUUGGGGAAUGCGAAGGGGAGGGGUUCGGGAUGGACGAGGAUGAAGAGGGACUGCUGGGGUGUUAG